UACACGCCUCACACAGAUAAUGUGGGAGGGAUCACCAUCCAGUCUGCAGGAGCAAACUGGGAUUUUUCAGAAUUAAAUAUCUUCAUCAUGAUUUUUCAAGUGAUUUUUGAUUGUAUGGACUUUACUGGUUGGUUCUUGUUUGGUUUUGUGUUGCUCCUUUUGGCUGAUAUUGUAAGAAACCGGAGGUCUCACAACUUUCCCCCUGGACCCUGGGCUGUGCCUUUUCUAGGAAAUGUCUUCACUGGAGUCGACUUCAAAACAAUGAAGAGGCUCACUCAGGAGUACGGCCCUGUGUUUAGCCUGCGGAAAGGCAGUGAGAGGAUGGUGUUUAUUUCAGGAUACAAGAUGGUCAAAGAGGCUCUUGUCAACCAGCUGGACAGCUUUAUUGAUCGACCUGUUGUUCCUCUCUUCCAUGUUAUCUUCAAGGGCCUCGGCAUAGCUUUGAGCAAUGGUUACCUGUGGAGGAAACAGAAGAAGUUUGCCAGCACCCACCUGCGAUACUUUGGAGAGGGUCAGAAGUCACUGGAAAAAUACAUUGAAGUAGAAAGCAACUUUCUUUGUGAGGCCUUCACAGAGGAACAAGGAAGACCAUUCAACCCCCACUACACCAUAACAAAUGCAGUGAGUAACAUCAUCUCCUCUGUGGUCUUCGGGCAUCGCUUUGAAUACAGUGAUCAAAGCUUUCGCAAGAUUCUCCAGUUGGACAAUGACGCCAUUGUGCUUGCUGGCUCUACUCAGACUCAGCUAUAUGAUGCCUUCCCUGGCUUGCUGAAGUAUCUACCAGGACCUCACCAGACUGUCCACGCCAACUAUAAUGAGAUCCUGAAAUUCCUGAGGAAGGAAAUAGAGAAGCACCAGGAGGAGUGGAACUCUGAUGACCCUCGUGAUUAUAUUGAUGCAUACCUGGCAGAAAUGGAGAGGAAAAAAGAGGAUCCUCAGGCUGGCUUCAACAUUGAAACCCUGCUGAUUUGCACUCUUGACCUGAUCGAGACUGGGACAGAAUCAUCUGCCACCACUUUACGCUGGGCCCUCAUAUACAUGAUGCACUACCCAGAGAUACAGAAGAAAGUCCAGGAAGAGAUAGACAGAGUGACUGGACAGUCUCGUCAGCCCACCAUUGCUGAUAGACCCAACAUGCCCUACACUGACGCUGUCAUCCAUGAGACUCAAAGGAUGGGAAACAUUGUUCCGAUGGGAUUCCCCAAAAUGGCCAGUAAAGACACCACACUGGGGGGAUACUUCAUACCCAAGGGCACAGCUAUAACAACAAUACUAGCAUCUGCGCUAUUUGAUAAGAAUGAGUGGGCGACUCCAGACACCUUCAAUCCUGAGCAUUUCUUGGAUUCAGAGGGCCAGUUCUGUAGGAGAGAGGCCUUCUUGCCAUUUUCGGCAGGUAAACGUGUGUGUCUAGGGGAGCACUUGGCCAGGAUGGAGCUGUUCCUUUUCUUCACAUCUUUCCUCCAACGCUUCACCUUCUCUCCGGUUCCUGGAGAAAUGCCUAGCUUGGAGGGUGUGCUGGGCUUCACCUACUCCCCAGAGGAGUUCAGGAUGCUAGCCAUACCUCGCUGAUGUCCAACCAACAAACAAGCAUCAUUGAUUUAUUUUUUGGACCAAAGAUCCUGCAACUGAAAAAUAAGUAUUAGGUCAAAGGCACCUGGACUUGUUUUCUGUUUUCAUACCAAAACAACAAACCUUUAACUUGGUUCCUACAGCUAUUUAAAACCCUGUUAUCCAUGGUCAGCCCACAGCAAUGGUUAAAUGUUGUCAUAUUGUGUGCAAUCAACUACCUUUGAUUUUGCCCUAGUAAAUCUGCCUUGAACUUUUAUCAUUAGUAUAUGAAGUUCAGUUAUUUCUGUGAGAAAACAAACUGAAAACACCUAAGUAAGAGUACAAGGACAAUAAAAUCACAAAUAACAACUUUCUGCAAAUGCCACAGUUAAUUUACCAAAACCAAAUGAAAAGAAAAUCUACCGUUCUACAGUAUAUGUGUACUGAUCAGUAUCUAUCACUGGCGUGACAAGCUUUUAUCUACAGGUUCUCUGAUACUUUAAUGACAGUCAUUAACAUAAAACAUUCACUGUUGAUGCAUUAAUUGUUACAUAAUGUAAUGACUUAAUACUGAGUUCGUGAUUAAUUGUAUAUCCCUUACAUGGGGAUGUGUUAUGUAUUAGCUCCAUGCUGGUUCAGCAUGAUAUCUGUUUAGUGAAGGUUUCACCUUUAUGUGGAAUUUGUAUAACACAACAGUAGAAUACACACAAACAAUUCUGUCAAUCUUUUAAUGACGCCUAAUGAUGGCUGCACAUGCUGCUGAGCUUCAACUUUCUCUUGUCAAUCUUCCAAUAGAUAAUAAAUAACAAAGAAGUAUUAAGUAUUUUA